CACCUAUUAAACUUAUUAAAGAAAUCUUCAAAGAAAUAAAAGAAUCUGGUAGGAAAAAGGUUGACCCCUAUGAUACUACUUAUUUCAAUAAAGGAUUAGAAAGUUAUUGUGAUCAACCAUUCAAUUGUGAUCCUCAAACCGCUGAAAAAUAUUGGACAGAAAUUGAACAUGUUUGUGAAAAAGAAUUGAGUCAUAAAGUAGAUUGGAGCGAUGAUCCUAGAAAGUAUGUCAAGAAAGCCACUAAUGAAGAUCCGAAUCCUACUUUUUCCUUAGAUUUCAAAUACGUUUUCAAGAGUGAUG